AUGCCUUCGAAUCCGGAUUGGGUCCAGAAUCUGAAGCCUUCUGGGCCACAAGGCUCAGACCUCUUGCAGCAGGAGCGCAACCAAUCCAACCUUGACGUGGAUAAACUUGCAGAGUUUCUCUUUACGAAAGAGUGCCUCGAUAGGCAGGACAAUUUACUGAACAUUCUUCGAGCCGAGAAGGUGUUCGAGAAAUCACAAAACUAUUUCAAUGGAAGAAAUGAAAGAAUUCUGGAUGCCCUGAGCAGAGCAAAGCGACUGCGGCAGCUGUCUGUCCAGCAUGCCUGGACACAGGAAGAAUAUCAAAUGGCAAAUGAGUUAAUCAGUGAACCGACUCCCUAUGGUCUUCAUGCUUCUAUGUUCUUGGUCACUUUAAGAGAUCAGGGAACUCCUGAGCAGCAUAAGUUAUUCCUCGAGAAGGCCCAAAAGUACGAAUACAUUGGAUGCUAUGCACAAACUGAGUUGGGCCAUGGCUCCAACGUGAGAGGCCUGGAGACAACGGCAACAUGGAACCAGGAGGAUAGGACCUUCAUUCUUCACUCGCCCCAUCUUACAGCAUCGAAAUGGUGGAUUGGAUCUCUAGGACGGACAGCAAACCAUGCCGUGGUCAUGGCACAAUUGAAAAUCAAUGGCAAGCCCAAAUUUGGAUACAACACAAUGGACAAUGGUUUCCUGUUGCUUAACAGAGUCAAAGUCCCCCAUGUCAACAUGUUAGCACGAUUCUCCAGUGUUGACCCGCAAACGGGGAAGUAUCUGAGACCAUCCUCGCCAUCUUUGGUUUAUGGCACGCUGACAUAUGUGCGAUCGACCAUCGUCAUGCAAGCUGGCAGUGUUUUAGCACGAGGAGUGACGAUAGCCACACGAUACUGCGCAGUCAGGAGGCAAUUUCAGGACAGAGAUGCAGAAGGUUCGGAUACGGGAGAAAAUCAAGUGCUGAAUUACACCAUGGUGCAGAUUAGGCUACUGCCACUCCUUGCAGCCACAUUCGCACUCCAUUUCACGGGAAAGGGCAUGAUGGUUCUGUACCAUGAGAAUCAGAAGCGCAUGGAAGGCGACGCAGGCAAAGCAUCCGACACUGAUCGUGGUGCCGGUCCAGAAGAACUCCACCCGGGCACAGACCUUCUCGCAGACCUGCAUGCCACCUCCUGCGGUCUGAAAGCCCUUGCCAGCACCACCGCCGCUGAAGGCCUCGAAGUCUGUCGUAGAGCCUGCGGCGAGUUGUCCGCACGCUCCGUCCUCCAAGGCACCGCCGCUGACAAUGACACAACCCGCAUCCUCCGCCAUUUCCUCGCACGUCAGGAUAUGGGCGCGGCCUUCGACGUACUAACCUCAGACACUGACCUCGUCGCCGCCUUCGCCUGGCGCACCGCCUUCCUUAUUUUCGAAGCCCUCAAGCACCGCGACGAGGACAAGAGAUCCUGGAAUUCCUUACUCGUCGAUUUCUGGCGCCUUAGCACCGCUCACUCGCAGUACCUCGUCAUCAAAAACUUCCACGCCACCCUCGACGACCCCAUGACCAAAUCCUCCCUCGACCCGGAAACGUUAUCUCUUCUACACAAACUCUUCCGCCUCCACGCCCUCCACACCCUCGAGCGCGAAGCCUCGGAGUUCUUCGCCAGCGCCGCCACCACGGUCCGCCAGAUCCAGCUCGCACACACAAAGGCGGUCAUGAAGCUUCUGGAGGAGAUUAGACCGCAUGCUGUGCGGUUGGUGGAUGCGUGGCGAUUUCCUGAUUGGCAGCUCGAUAGUAGUCUAGGGAGGUAUGAUGGCAAGGUUUAUGAGGAUAUGUUUUAUCGGGCGAGUGAGUUGAAUCCGCUGAACCAGGUCACUUUUGAUCCGUAUCCGGAUAGCGGGAUUUUGGUUAGGAGGGGUGAGAGGGAGACAAGUAGGCAGAGGGUGGGAAGAGAUAGUAAGUUAUGA